CUGAUCAGUCGGAAGUCGUAACCAGGGAAACGGCUGGCGGGACUGCGGCCAGCGCGAGAUGGUGAGCUGCAAUUAAUCGAAAAUCCCUCAUUAAAUGCAAACAGUCAGUUUUAUUAGUCAGAUAUGCGUCUUCUAAUGUUUCCACGAAACUGUAAACAGCGAUUGAAGGCCAAGGACAGAAGCGGAGCACGGUGGUGAUGAUGUCAGACAGGUGGGAUGUUCAGCUAUUGUGACGCUUCUGCAAACUCACCGACUGCUUGCACUCACAGAGCGAUUCCAUGGAGGUCCGUAAGCCAGUCCUGGAGCUGAAAGACGUGCCGCCGCCUCCUCUCCACAGCGCUGGCCCGCAGGCGCACACAUGUCUUGGCCCACCGCAGACACAGCCGGGCGGCCUCAGUGUAAGCGUGUGUUCCUGCUGUGAAGCAAGCGUCCGCCUGCAGCAGAGUUCUAGCGAGGCCAGCGGCACCACCGGUGGAGGUUUUCCUCUGUAUCUCUCCCGCUCACAGACACACAAUCGCACCCCACCUCACCCCUCGGCACUCACUCAUGGUGGCCCUGGAGCGCCGCCGCAGACCCCUGGAAGCUUCGGGACGCCCUCUGCCGCGGCGAGCCACUGCCAUGCGUCCUGCUGUGCAAGUCUGAGGCAGCUGCACGUCUGUUCCUCUCUGUGUAAACUCUGUCACUGUCGUCGGGUGCAGUCGCACCCUUUUUCACACGGUGAUCCGUCCUCACCCUCUCACCUCUGCUCUAACUCACUCCACCUCAGUGUCGAGCAUACGCCGCUGUGUGUGAAGGGUGCUCACUGUUUGCAGGACUGCUGGAGAAAGAGUUUACAUGUCGAAUCGGAGAAGGUUUGGCCGAACAUUCCUCCACCCGUCCCUGUGUGCAAUGGCUGCGGCGUGACGGGCGUUUCGUCUGACAGUCUGCUGGGUGUCCACCUCAACAAAACCCCACAGAAAUAUGGUUCUUCAGAGAGCGGCGCGCAGGAAACACUGCCCCCCAUCGGGGUGUUCUGGGACAUCGAGAACUGCGCGGUUCCCAGCGGGCGCUCUGCUGCUACAGUGGUGCAGAGACUCCGAGAGCGCUUCUUUCAGGGACAUCGCGAGGCAGAGUUCAUCUGUGUAUGUGACAUCAACAAAGAGAACAAAGCCGUCAUCCAGGAGCUCAACAACUGCCAGGUGACUGUUGCCCACAUUAACGCUACAGCCAAAAAUGCAGCCGAUGACAAACUGCGUCAGAGUCUCCGGCGAUUUGCAGACACACAUGCUGCACCCGCAACGGUCAUCGUUGUUUCCUCGGAUGUAAACUUCGCCAGUGAGCUGAGUGACCUGAGGCAUCGUCACGGUUUCCAGGUGUUUCUGGUACACAAGAGCCAGGCCUCAUCUGCUCUGCUGCAACAUGCACACCUGCACGUCCCUUUUGAGGAGUUCGUCUCGGACCUUCCGCCUGGGAUGGUCGUCAAAUCACAGCCCAGUUUCAGUCUUCUGUUUGUGCACCACCUUCCCACGCACCGUGACGCCAAAGCUGUGGCGAACCGGCUGCAGCGCCUCUCCAAUAACUGUGGAGGGAAAGUGUUGGGCGUAUCCGGCGGCUGCGCCGUGCUCCGGUUCGCCAGUGCCAGCGCAGCUGAGCGCGCCCGCAAGCGCAUGGAGAACGAAGACGUCCUAGGCCACCGCAUCGUGGUGUCCUUCUCUCCCGACGGCCCGGAGGAGGAAGAGGAGCGCCGGCUGCCAGCCGCCUCCUCUUCGGUCUUCCUCCCCGUAGAGAAGCCACGCUCACCCCGUCGCCUGCGCCGGGCGUCUCGGUCGUGCCAGGCGGGAAGCCAUGCCACCGAGCGCCCAUAUACCCCCAGGAAAGCAGGCCACGCCUCCUCAUGCAGCCCUGUGAUGAAACCCCUCCCCCAGGCUGUGUGCAGUGCGACCCGACCUGUGAGUGCCUCGCCCCAGAGUCACACCCUCCUGCCUGCAGCCGGAAAACCUGUGGAGCAGCCACAACAGCGCAGCCGGAGGCGAGACUCUCCUGGGCAGCCGUUUCAGAUUAGCACUCCUUCAGCAUUCAGUAAACUAAGUUUACAGCGGAGCUUCAGUCCUGUGAUACUCUCUCAGAGUUCAUGGUCAUCACGGAGUGCGUCCCCCUGCCUGUCAAACCGUUCAUCUCCGCUGAGCGCUCCGUCCCCCAGCAGCUGCACCGACGGCCUAUCCGAGCCCUUCUCUGAUGGAGCCGAUGUUCAGGUCACUAAUCUGGACUACAGAAUGUCACGCAAGGACCUGCAGCAAAUACUGCGAGACGCUUUUGCUAAACACGGCAGAGUGAAGAGCGUUGAUCUGAGUCCUCAUACUGACUAUCAGCUGAAGGCACGGGUGCACAUGAGUUCACUCCAGCAGGCCAUCGGUGCCGUCAGUCUGCUGCAUCGUUAUAAAAUCGGCAGCAAGAGGAUUCACGUGUCACUCGUCACUGGAGCCAGUAACAAAUCUCUCGCCUGCCUAAGCUCUGAGAUCAGCAGCAUCCUGCAGGACGCACCAGCCAACUGCCUGCCUCUCUACAAGUUCACUGAGACCUACGAGAGGAAGUUUGGUCAUAAGCUGGUGGUGAGUGACUUGUACCGAUUGCCGGAGGUGGUGUGUGUGCGUGAGCAGGGCGGCGGGCGGCUCGUGUGUCUGCUGUCCAGCACUCAGGCACGGCAGAGUCCGUUAGGAUCUGCACACUCUCACGACAGCUCCAAUACAGCCAGUCCGGUUCUGUUUGAGGAGCUGGAGUACCAUGAGCCCGUCUGCAAACGGCACUGCACUCAGCAGGACUUCAGUGAAUCUGACUUUGAUCCAGAUUCUUACAUGAUCCCGUUUGUUAUGGUGUCUCUGAAAGUUCUGGCUGCACAUGUCCACAGUUUACUGCAGAGUCACGAGGGAACUGUACCACUGCUCAGUUUCCCAGAAUGCUAUGCAGCAGAGUUCAGUCCUUUAACUGUUGCAGAGGAGGGGAAGCUGGAGGGAAGCGUCCCGUUAGAGCACCUCAUCACCUGCAUCCCUGGAGUCACUAUAGUAACGGCCCAGAACGGCUUCAAAAUCAUCAAGUGGAUUCACAACAAACCCCCACCGCCCAAUGCAGAUCCAUGGCUGCAGCGCAGUAAGAGUCCAGUUGGGAACCCACAGCUGAUCCAGUUCAGCCGAGAGAUGGUGGAUCUCAUGAAGAACCAGCCAUCCUGUUUGAUGCCCAUCACAAAGUUCAUUCCAGCGUAUCACCACCAUUUUGCCAAGCAGUGCCGUGUGUCUGACUACGGGUACUCCAAACUGCUGGAGCUGCUGGAGGCUGUUCCUCAUGUGCUGCAGAUCCUGGGUUUAGGCUCCAAGCGUUUGUUGACGUUGACUCAUCGUGCUCAGAUCAAACGCUUCACUCAAGACCUGCUGAAGCUGCUGAAGUUUCAGGCCAGUAAACAGGUGGUGAUCAGGGACUUCGCACAGGCGUAUCACUGGUGUUUCUCCAGGAACUGGCAGGUGGUGGAUUAUGGGAUGUGUGAUCUGAUGGACCUGUUGGCCGAGAUUCCAGACACGACCAUCACAGUCACUCAGCAGGACUGUGACACACUCAUCUCUGUUCCCAAAAGAGAACGGACGGCAGAGGAAGUGGAACGCACACGACAGUUUGGGAAGGAGGUUGUAGACCUUCUGAGACAUCAGCCUCAUUUCCGGAUGCCCUUUAGCAAGUUCAUCCCCACGUAUCACCACCACUUCGGACGCCAGUGCAAACUCUCCUACUACGGCUUCACAAAACUCAUGGAGCUUUUCGAGGCCAUUCCAGACGUUCUUCUGGUGUUGGAGUGUGGAGAGGAGCGGCUCCUGGCACUGACGGAGGUGGAGCGUGUGAAAGCAUUAGCGGCUCAGCUGGUGAAGCUCCUUCGGGCCCAGAGAGACUCAGGACUUCCUGUCAGUCAGCUGCUGGGCGAAUACAGCAAGACGUUUGGCUACAGCCUCCGUCUGCAGGACUAUGACGCCAGCACGCUGCCCGCCCUGCUCAACAAACUUUGCCAUGUUGUGAAGGUAGAAUGGCAAGGCCUCGAUAUAUUCACGGUGGUAGAUGCUCCCAAAGAGAAGGAGGUACAGCUGAUUAACAGGAAGUCCCUGCGUGCCUUGACAUCUCAGCUGCUGGCACUGAUGAUGUCCCUUCCUGAGGAUCGUGAUCAUCUCGGAGUGGAAGAGCUGAGGAAGCAGUAUGAGCUCGCCUACUCCACGCCGCUCAACCCCUGCGAGUAUGGCUUUAUCUCUCUCACUGAGCUCCUCAAGAGUCUGCCGUACCUGCUGCAGCUCUCUGAAGAUGAAGAUGAUGAUGGUGACGCUGAGGAGCGUGUGAGGUUGACGAGACUCUACCAGUUUGCCCGCAGUGUCCGUGCGUUGCUGCACACCUAUCAUUAUAACCAGAUCUUCUUGUCAGAGUUCUGUGGCGCUUUCAGCAAAUACACUGGCCAAGAGUUUCAGCCGCAGACUUACGGCUAUAAGACGCUGGACGAGCUGCUGGCUGCCAUACCGCAGGUUGUCUGGAUUAAAGGUCACGGUCACAAAAAGAUCAUAGUCCUGAAAAAUGAUAUGAGAGCUCGAGGCAGUCCUGUGGUCACUGUGGAUGGGCCUCAUGCCGAUGAAGAGCCCCGAGCCGCCGACAGCCCCGCCAGCGGAGAGAUGGAGCUGCUCUGUCUGGGUUCGGGAUCUCCCGUGGAUCUCUUGUGCGCUCCUGUGCCGUCUUGCUUGCCAUCUCCUCAGCUGCGGCCCGACCCCGUGCAGCUGCAGCCUGGAGAUCUGAUCCACUUCGAGCCACAUCCGCACGGUCCGUCUGAACGAGAGCCGGUUCAUGAUCGGCAGCCUCGGCCAGUCAACAGUCACCUCACAGCUUCGGCUUCUGAAACCGGAGCGACUGAACCAGCAGAGCCCUCGAAAGCAUGCAUUAUGGACAGCCCUGGCCGCCGGACGGCACGUAACAAGGUUAAACUUGCGGCUAACUUCUCCUUCACCUCUACCCUGUCAGUCUAAAGCUACAUGAGUCCGAGAUAACAUGACCUCUGUUGUCAUGAUGAGCGUGAGUUCAUGUUAGCGGCAAUGAGACGCUCUGUGUGUCCUUCCCUCUGACUGUGUAUGUGUGUCUGUACAGAAACAUCAUGUGAGACAGAUGUUAUUCUGUAAGAGGAAACAGACAUUCUGUGUGGUGAAUUUCUGUUUUCAAAACUUUGAUUUGGCUCCAGACUGCAGGAGAUCAUGUUCUUCAUUCGUGUUUCUCUCAGUAUGAGCACCAAACCAACCAGCGCUGCUCCUGCCUAUGGGAUUGUUUUUUUCUUUACUACACUUGCUAGUUAUCAAUGGCUAGGUUGAGCCUGAAAUGUGCAGACAGCAGCUGAUUGGAACUGUGAAAUCAUGAUGCUUUUGUUCCUUCAUUACGGUGAAUCUGUCCUCUGUGUGCUUCUGCUGAGAUGUGCAGUUGUGCCUUUGUUUUGAGACGUUAUUUGUGUUGUUUGAAGCACAUGGGCUCCGUCGAAUGAAAUGGAAGGUGGAAUUCACUUGAUUCUUUUCAGAACACUUUUUGUUAAGUCCGUUUCAGAGCAGGAGCCUGUUAUUGAAGGGCCUUCCUCUCUUUUAACGCAUUCGUUAGUUAAAGCCGCCCUCGUCACAUGACUUACGGAAGCCGAAUAGCUUAAGUUCAUAUUGUGAAUGAAGUCCGUAUUUAUUGAAAUUCUUAAAGGAAUGUUUAGUUUAAACCGCCUCAGCUGCUUAUCGGAGGAUAUUCACACUCAUCUUACGGUUUCACUGGCGUCCAGAUGAAUUACAGCAGACCAAAGAGCAGCACCCUCAUAUCCUGCCAUUUGUCUUUGUAUGGAUGUUAAUUUUGGUCCAGAAGUUGCUUUGAAAGUUAUAUGCACAUUGUGCAUAAGCCCUUGUUUAUGAUGAGUAGCUGCAGUUUCCUCUUUUAUGUGUUUUGGCAAAAUCGUGCUAAUCAGAUGAUGUUAAUCACCUGCUCCUCUGGAAAUGCCAAGGUUGUUUUCGUGAACCUUGAGUUUGUGUCUUCGCUCUCUGCAGAUGCACUUCGUGAUUUGAGACGCCGGCUCUCUGGAGGCUCUGUGGCCUGAGCCGGGCUUUUACAAUGGUUUGUAUCAGCCGUGGCACUAUAAGAGUGAGAGACGCCAACGUGGUGCUUCGGUCACGAUGAGGUUGAUUUGUGUAACUGUGUCUUUGUGCGCGUCAUGCAUGCUUUCGUCUCGAGAAGCUAACGUCUGACGCUCAAGUGUUCUGUAUCAUGCCUGUUGAACACAUUGAUUUGUUGAUGUUCGAUGGCACAUCCUGUUUUCCGUUUCUUUUAAGGGUGGCUCUCUUUGGUCCUGACAUCUCUCCUUUCAGUUGAGAAUGUUUUUGGAAGCCUUUCUAAAUGGCAGCAGCUGAAACUCUGAGGUGAAGUACGUGUGUCUUCAGAAGAGAAGCUCUCAGUGUUUUUAUGCAUGUUUGCAUAACGUUCGCCUCUCGUGCUGUUGGAUAGAUAGAUAGAUAUUUGAUUUAUGCAGAAAUGUGGUGUGUGUCCGUACAGGUGGAUCUGUGUGUGUGCGCGUCUCCCAUUCGUCAAGUGCAGUUUUAAUAUUUGUUUAUCCUCUCGCGUCCAUCCGACGACCACAAUGAAUCUAGAAGCCUCUCAGGUUGCUAUGUCAGCUGAACAUCCGUUCGGUUCAUGUGAAAUGACAUUGAAGUUCAGGCUCAAGACGCUGGAGGUCUUAGGUAUGAUUUUAGUCUCCACCAGAAAGUCCUGUUGUUUUUUUGUUUUGUUUUUUUUGUUUUUUUUUGGGUUUUUUUAUGUAAUGACCAAAUAUUUUCUGUCAUGUAUAAUAAAUAUCACAAGCAUCAUUUGG